AUGCCAGUGUUACAAUAUGACGCUGGAAUACCAUACACCCCUUUGACACCUGAAAAUCAGACUGCGCCCGAUACCGGAGCACAUACUGCUUAUCCAUCCGAAACCACCCCGAGUGCGUACUAUGGUCCAGUUGGUCCCAGUUCUACCACGACCAGCUCCUAUUAUUACACGGCCGCUCCAAGCUACGUCCCUUACAGUCCUGCCCCUGCAAAUAUUGUCUACGAUGAUGCCAAUCCUAGUCAGCAACUUGCUUUAGAGCUCUGCAAUAUUACUGCGCAACAAUGGCGAACUGGCCAACUUGGUGAUCUGAGCAGAUGUUUGCACAAUUAUACUGUUGAUGUAUUUAUAAAGACUGAAGGGGCUAAAAAGGCAACUUGGAUGAUAGUCCGCGACGACACAUUUUUGCCUGAUACUCUUCAAAAUCUAGCCGUUCGUCGUCCACCCAUCCCUAUCAUAAUUGGUACUGUGGAAGACGAAGACGCUGAUUACGCCUUCAAGCUAGUAGCCGAUGGCCAAUAUAAUCAAAGUGAGAGUCAACUCUACAACACAUGGAUGAUGGACUUUGCGAAGAAGAACAAAUUGAAUGAUUCAACAGCUGCUCAGGCGGGUGCAAAGAAGACCAUUCAUUGUUUCUGGAUUUUAAAAUAUGGCUACAGUCACGCGAAUGAUGGCUAUGCUGCACAACCUGGUGGAUUUGGCACAGUCACCCCACCCAGUUAUGGUUACAGUAGCCCAAGUAGUGGAUAUACCACUCAGAGCGGUGCAUACGCCCCUCAACCUUCUGGCUAUAGUGCCCAGAAUAGUGGAUAUGCAUCGCAGGGCUCUGGAUACGCUAGCCAGAGCAGUGGAUAUGCUUCUCAAAGUUCUGCUUAUAACACGCAGAGCAGUGGCUACACAAGUCAAAGUUCUGGCUACAGUAACCAGACCUAUGGUUACAGUAAUCAACAGGCUGGCUAUAAUCAAGGCAGCAAUCAAUAUCAAGGCGGUGGACCAUCUAGCCAAAAUAGACCACAAUACGAACAAAAUACCGGAUUUGGCAGUGCUCCAUCCUCGAUUGCAACAAAUCCUCAAGCAGUCGCUCCGCUGAAGAUUAUAACGAAGCUCCAAUCCGACUCCGGAAUCGUUUCACAAACCGCAUCUGAAAUCGAUACAUUCAUGCAAAAUGGCAAUAAACACGUUCGAGUUUAUCAGUUCACACAUAUCACUGACCUUGGUCGAGAAAAUGUCCCAGAUUUAGGAUCAUGGAAGCCUGUUUACAAAGGCCAAGAUGUGAUUUUCCUCUUCAUGAGUGAAACAGUCUGGACUUCUGGAUCCCCAACAUCAGCUGAUCGCCGAAUGGCCGAUCAAAUGGGAGAUCGUUGGACACAAUUUGCAAAAGAAGGGUGGGUUUUGGCGUGGAACGAUUUACACUUCAACCAAUAUUUUCUUCUUGAAUUUGAAAAUGAAAACUCCAAUUCUGUUGAUUCCUUAAAAUAUCACGAUUUCAGACAAGUAUCUGGUUGGCAACCGUCCGAUCCACAAAUCUACAAUUAUUGCUCCCUUAACUAUCAACCCAGCAUACAAGUAGGCUACGCACAAGAAGCUCGAACUGUUUUCAACAACCAAGUUUAUCCUAUAGUACAACAGGCUCAAAUGGGUUCUGGAGUUCUCUAUGACCAGCCCAAGGUUCGCCAACCACUAUCCAUCACUCCUAGUGUCUCGAAUCCAAUGCAGGUGGAUUAUUCCUCAAAUGGGCCAAAUUCGAGUGUGCUUCAUAUUUCCUUUCAAGUAAAGAACGUUCCUGGAACUUGGAUAAUAUGAUA